AUGGGGUUGCAAAGAGUCGGACACGACUGAGCGACUGAAUUGAACUAAACAUUUCAUGAAGGACUUAAAGUGAUCAGAAAUGAGUGAACAAUCAGGAAAAACCAAUUCCACGCAAGAGAGACCUGCAGGUCAAAGUUCUGAGAAAAACUGUCAGAUUGGACAGAAGCAACUGCAACAGAUAGAGCGGCAGUUAAAAUGCUUGGCAUUUCAAAAUCCUGGACCACAGGUGGCUGACUUUAAUCCUGAAACAAGGCAGCAAAAAAAGAAAGCACGAAUGUCAAAGAUGAAUGAGUAUUUUUCUGUAAACUCCAAAGUCAUGAGGAAGUACGACAAACGCGGCAGGCUCAUCUGCAACGACGCGGACCUGUGUGACUGCUUGGAGAAGAACUGCCUGGGCUGCUUCUACCCGUGCCCCAAGUGCAACUCCAACAAGUGCGGGCCCGAGUGCCGCUGCAACCGCCGCUGGGUCUACGACGCCAUCGUCACCGAGACCGGGGAGGUCAUCAGCGCGCAGCCGUUUGACAUCCCCGACUAG